ACAAGGGUAUCAUGGCCGAGGUGGUGGACAUUGCGCCGACGCUGGGGUCGGAGCUCAAGGACGGGUUCAAGCCAGCGAGUGCCUGGGUCGCCAACGGUAUUGCAUGGCUGGACGACAUUCAGUCCUUCUACCGCGAGCGAAGUGUGAUUGAAAAAGAGUACAGUGCUAAGCUUAAUGCCCUGGCCAAGAAGUACUUCGAAAAGAAGACACGCAAGUCGGCGAGCCUGAGUGUUGGUGACACUCCGACGAUGACUCCUGGAUCACUUGAGAGUGCUUCCCUCACGACGUGGACAACACAUCUUACGACAUUAGAAGCGCGGGCCGACGAACACGAACGCUACGGAAAUGAUUUAGUUACGAAAGUGGCAGAACCCCUAAAGCAAAUAUCGACGAGGUUUGAGGAACUCCGCAAGCGCCAUGCGGAAUACGCCGAGAAACUCGAGAAAGAGCGCGAUGCGUCAUACGCCGACUUGCGAAAGAUGAAGAACAAGUAUGAUGCAGCAUGUCAGGAGGUGGAGAGCAAGCGCAAAAAGACGGAGUCCUCGUUCGACAAGGCGAAGGCGCAAAGUGCCUUUCAGCAGCAGAUCCUCGACAUGAACAACGUCAAAAACACUUAUCUCAUCGCCAUCAACGUCACAAAUAAGCAGAAGGAGAAGUACUAUCACGAGUACCUGCCUGAGCUCAUGGACAGCCUCCAGGACUUGUCCGAAUUCCGCACAAUCAGGUUGAACGGGUUAUGGACCCUCGCUGCACAGCUAGAGGCCAGCAUGCUCCAGCAAAACUCUAGCCAGGUCAACCACUUGAGCCAGGAGAUUACACGGAACCUACCCCACCUCGACUCAAUGAUGUACAUCCGGCACAACAUGGGCGGUUUCCAGGAGCCGCCUGACAAGGUUUUUGAACCCAGUCCAGUAUGGCAUGAUGACGGCUCCAUGGUUGUGGACGAGGCUGCCAAGGUAUACCUGCGCAACUUACUCAACAAAUCCAAAAGCCAGCUAGGAGAAUUACGUCGCGAAGCCGAUAAGAGGAGACGGGAGCUUGAGGCGAUGAAGCGAGUGAAGCAAAAAGUCAGGGAUGGCACGGAGCAGAAGGAUGAGGUGGUACUGAUAUCGCAGAUAUUUACGAUGCAGGACGAGCUGCACCAGGCAGACCGGAAACGUCUGACUGCCGAGGUCGAAACAUCGACCAUCACCUCGGUCGUCGGCGACGUCACGCUCGGCGCGAAGAAUCACAACUUCAAGUCCCAGACAUUCAAAAUCCCUACUAAUUGCGACCUUUGCGGAGAACGAAUAUGGGGUUUAUCGGCCAAGGGGUUCGACUGCCGCGACUGUGGCUUCACAUGCCACAGCAAGUGUGAGAUGAAGGUGCCGGCUGAUUGCCCGGGAGAGCAGUCCAAGGAAGAGCGCAAGAAGCUGAAGCAAGAGCGGCAAGAGGCGGCAAAUGCUCUGCUUAAACCGAGCGGUCCACCGGAACAUGUCGCAGAACUACCCGCCCUCGGCCGUUCAGACACUGUCAACUCGACAAGAUCGGGGUACGCGGCCAGCGCCCAGCGAUCCAUGACGGGUCCGCUGUCUCCGACAGAGGAGACGGCGCCAGAAGUGCCGAGCUCAACGCGACCCACGGGCACAGCGGCACCGAGCGCGUUGAGGAAGAACCGAAUUAUAGCCCCACCACCAAGCGCGUAUAUCAGCGAGUUACCGGGUAGUACCCCUAACGGCUCAUCGCCCGCGACGGAGCAGAAGGGUAAGAUGUUGUACUCCUUUGAGGCUGGAGGACCGGGGGAGUUGUCGGUGCCUGCAGAACGGGAUGUAGUCAUUUUGGAACCCGACAGUGGAUCCGGCUGGGUCAAAAUCCGGGCGGGCUACAAGGAAGGCCUUGUACCGGCAAGCUACGUUGAGGUCGUCGCUGCCGAGCCGGCUGCUCUCGCUUCACAGCACACAGGGCAGUCGGCGCGACCUCCUUCAACUUACUCAAACAGUGGUUCAUCUGUAGGCACUGCGGGCCCCACGGGGAAGAAGAAGGGUCCAGCGGUGGCACCGCGACGCGGGGCCAAGAAGCUCAAAUACGUGGAAGCCAUGUACGAUUACACGGCGCAAAGUGAGGCCGAACAUAGUAUGGUUGAGGGGGAACGGUUCGUGCUGAUCAAGGAAGACCCGGGGGACGGGUGGGCUGAGGUGGAGAAGGGGGGUGUCACCAAGAGCGUGCCGGCUAGUUAUAUCCAGCAUGUUUAACUUGGCUGUAGUUACAAGACGCUUAUUCCUCGCCUUUCAGUUUCUUUGGUUGUAAAGGAGGAGGUUCAGGGAUAGCAGAUGGGACAGUGAAGCGGCCUUUCAUGAUUAAGUGUAAUCGUUAUGUGCAAUACACAUAUGUAUGUACAACGCCAGCAAGGGGGUUGCUGCAGCGCAGUGUACCCCAAUCAGAAAUCCCGGAUGAAAAAUCCAAGAAAUUCUGCAUAUGGCC